AAGAUUUUGUUUGUCAAUUAUUUUUAGUUUUUCGAUGGAUUCUGCAGAAUUUAACAACAAUUUGCGAGCUGAUUCACCUCCUAAGAAUCUUGAAGAAUUUUGGCCUAAACAACAAGGGAAAAUUGAUCGAAUGACUAUGACUAAUUUUCGAGAAGUUAAUAGGCAUUCUGAAUUGCCAAUUGCUCGAAUAAAGAUGAUAGGUUCGGAGGCUCCUGUUCUACUUGCUAAAGCUGCAGAAAUUUUUAUAGAAGAAUUAACUUUACGUUCUUGGCUAAAUACACAAGAAAAUCGACGCAAAACAAUUCAAAAGGCUGAUGUGGCAGCUGGUGCCGAAAAGAGUGAAAUGUUCGAUUUUUUAAUUGAUAUUCUGCCGAGAGACGAUAUGCAAAAGGAGGAAUCAAGCGAUCAGCAAACGGACAUAGAAAGAGAAGAAAAUGUUCAAUAUGUUUUACAGUGUACGGAUGGUUCCAUGCCAGCCCUUUCAGAAUGUCUAAUGACUCUUGAGAAUGGACAGAUAAUCCAAGCCACACAAAUUGGUCAACCAAUUCCUCUCAAUUGCGGUCCUGGUCAACCCAUUAUAAUGACAUUACCAGGAAGUGGAGAUCAACAACAAUUCCAAGUUGUGCAAAUGCCUGGGGAUGAUCAAAAUCUUGGAUGA